AUGACGUAUAACAUACAGAAUGCCGGCGCCGGCGAUCGGUUGGACGAGAAUCAAAACGUGGAGACCAUUGCCUAUAGGGAUAAGACUAAUGAAAAGAAUCGCAGAAACAAUGAAAAGUCUGCCGAAGGGAUGGACAAGAAGUCGAAGAAGAAAAACAAGAAGUUAGAGAUGGAUAAUCUGAAGGCAGAGGUGGAAAUGGAUGACCACAGCAUACCACUCAACCAACUCUGUAAACGCUUGCAGACAAACACCGAUCUAGGGUUAACACCAGGUGUGGCCAAACAAGUACUACAACGAGACGGUCCCAACUCAAUCACACCGCCGAAGGUGACCCCAGAAUGGGUGCGAUUCGUGCAGAAUAUGUUCGGUUGGUUUAAUGUACUUCUUUGGAUUGGAGCGGCUCUAUGUUUCAUCGCAUACACCAUACAAAUCACCACAUUGGAGCCUGAUGAAGUGCCACCCGACAAUAUCUAUUUGGGCGUUGCGUUGGCAACGGUGGUGUUUAUAUCGGGCUGUUUCUCGUACUGGCAGGAGGCCAAGAGUGCCAACAUUAUGGACUCGUUCAAAGAUCUGAUCCCCCGCUCGGCCACUGUUAUCAGGUCGGGCUCUAAGAUGAUGUGUCCGGUGGAGGAGUUGGUUGUGGGCGAUCUCGUGGAGCUCAAGGGCGGAGAUCAGGUGCCCGCAGACGUGCGUAUCAUCAAAUCGCAGGGACUCAAAGUGGACAACUCGUCGUUGACCGGCGAGUCUGAGCCCCUCUCCCGUACGCCUGACUGCACCAAUCAGAACCCGUUGGAGACCAAGAAUUUAGCCUUUUUCUCAACUAAUUGUGUGGAAGGUAGCGCCCGUGGGUUUGUCGUACGCACUGGCGAUCGGACUAUUAUGGGUCGGAUAGCGAUUCUGGCGGCGGGUUUAGAGGCCAACGACACACCACUAUCGCAAGAUGUGUCCCGAUUUAUGAGUAUCAUAACCACUGUAUCCAUUUUAGUUGCCGGUGCCUUCGCCGUUACCUCGUACCUGUUGGGCUACACGUGGUUAAACAGUGUCAUAUUCUUCAUAAGUCUGAUCGUGGCUCAGGUGCCGGAAGGCCUGUUACCCACGAUGACAGUGGUGUUGACUCUGACGGCCAAACGCAUGGCAUCCAAGAAUUGUUUGGUGAAGAACUUGCAGGCGGUCGAGACAUUGGGCUCCACGUCCACCAUCUGUACCGACAAAACCGGAACAUUGACUCAAAACAAGAUGACUGUAUCUCAUCUGUGGUGCAAUCAUACCAUCAUUGAUGCCGACAAUCUCAUCGGACACGAAGAUGGCAAUAAAGUGGACACAGACUGUCCGGCCUGGAAAGCGUUGGUCAAAGUGUGCUGUCUUUGUAGUCGAGCCGAUUUUGUGGCCGGAUCUGAACGCUUAUCACCACUUAAAAGGGAAGCAAUCGGCGACGCGUCUGAAGUGGCGAUAUUGAAAUACAUGGAGAUUAUCACUUCGGAUGUGGAGGGGUAUAGGAAAAAGCACCCGAAGGUGUUUGAAGUGCCAUUCAAUUCAACCAAUAAGUACGCGCUCGCCAUCAAUGAGUCGCGUCAAGAGGGGGGCCAUUGGCUGUGUAUGAAGGGAGCGCCCGAACGCAUACUUGAGAAGUGCACCACAAUUAUCACUGACGGCAAAGAGUUGCCAUUGGAUGCCAAAGUAAGGCACCAGUUUCAGGCCGCCUAUGAGGAGCUUGGUAGUUUGGGCGAACGUGUUAUCGGUAAGUUUGGUUAUUUUCAGCGUAGUUUUAUCAAGUUAAAUAACUCUACCCCACCCCCAUUCACCCCCUCAUGUAUAGGUUUGUGCGACAAAUUCUUGCCGGAAAACAAAUAUCCGUAUGAUUUCCCGUUUGACGCCGAGAGGGAGAACUUCCCGAUGGAUGGCCUCAGGUUUAUAGGCAUAGUGUCGAUGAUAGACCCGCCCCGACCAGCGGUGCCCGACGCCGUGAGCAAGUGUCGCAGCGCUGGCAUCAAAGUGAUUAUGGUUACCGGCGAUCACCCAAUCACUGCCAAAGCCAUCGCCAGAGCCGUUGGUAUUAUUUCAGAUGAAAACGAGACCAAAGAGGAAAUGGCUCUCAGGCUUAAGACAGAUGUCGACAAAAUUGAUCCCCGGUCGGUCAAAGCGGCGGUAAUCCACGGCCAGGACUUAAAGGACUUCACACCCGAAGACUUGGACUCAAUAUUGCGAAACCACACGGAGAUUGUGUUCGCGCGGACUUCACCGCAACAAAAGCUGAUUAUAGUGGAGGGCUGUCAACGUCAGGGAGCGAUAGUGGCCGUCACGGGUGACGGUGUGAACGAUUCACCGGCGCUCAAAAAGGCCGACAUCGGUAUAGCGAUGGUGGAGGGCUGUCAACGUCAGGGAGCGAUAGUGGCCGUCACGGGUGACGGUGUGAACGAUUCACCGGCGCUCAAAAAGGCCGACAUCGGUAUAGCGAUGGGUAUCGCCGGCUCCGAUGUGUCGAAACAGGCGGCAGAUAUGAUACUUCUGGACGACAACUUCUCAUCGAUCGAGACGGGCAUAGAAGAGGGACGGGUUAUAUUUGACAACUUGAAAAAGUCCAUUUGCUAUACACUGUCCUCCAAAAUGCCCGAAAUGUUGCCGUUUGUGGCCUUUUUCUGUCUCAAUAUACCGUUAGCUUUGGGCGCUAUAACCAUACUGUGCAUCGACUUCGGCACUGAUAUGGUGCCGGCCAUCUCAUUGGCCUACGAGGGGCCAGAGAGUGAUAUUAUGAAACGCAAACCCCGUAACCCCAAACAGGACCAUUUGGUUACCGAAAGACUGGUGUCUAUAUCCUACGGCCAAAUGGGCUUUUUCCAAGCGUUUGCCGGUUUUUUCACAUACAUUGUUAUUAUGAGUGAGAAUGGUUUCCAGCCCUGGGAUCUCUUUGGCAUACGAAACAAAUGGGACUCAAAGGCCAUUAACUCACUCACUGACUCUUACGGACAGGAAUGGACUUACCAUCAACGAAAGACCCUGGAGUACACGUGUCACACGGCAUUUUUUGCCUCGGUCGUCAUCACCAAAUGGGCUGCUCUGGUCUGUUGUAAGACCCGGCGUCUGUCCAUCUUUCAACAGGGCAUGAAGAACCAUGUGCUCACUUUUGCCCUGUUCUUCGAGUUGGGUCUGGCAUUGUUCCUGUCCUACUGUCCCGGACUGGAAAGUGGUCUUAAUAUGUAUCCAUUAAAAUGGUCAUGGUGGUUUACAGCAGUGCCCUUUUCAUUGGCACUAUUUUGUUACGACGAGAUCCGCAAACUUAUGAUGAGAAGGUGUCCGGGAGGUUGGAUUGAAAAGGAGACUUACUAUUAGAUAAGCCGUUCACUUAUUUUAAUAAACUUGAUAUAAAAUAGUUACCGAUAACUAUAAUGUUAUUACAAUGCUUUAACACAUGCUUUUACACUAGUCCUGGUGUUCAUUUUGAGGAGAUCACUGUAUUUAACAGAUUAUUGUAGAUUUAUUAAAAUACU